CUUUUUUUUUGGCAACAAUAUCAAAAGUAUAAAAAAAGUCAACAAGAAGAAACUAAUUAAAAUGCAAUUUAAAUUUACGAAACAACAAGAACUGAAAAAGUUUCAUUAUAAACGCCAACUUAAGCAAAAUUAUAAAUUUAACAAAACAAAUUUCAGCACAAACAACCAUUAACAGCGGCAUGAUACAGUAAAAGUUUUUCUCCAUUUCGUUUUAAUUUUGUUGUAGUACAAAACGUAAGAGAAAGUAAGAAAAAAAAUUCAUCUAAAUGGAAUACAGAAUAAAAUAAAUUGUAGCUGCAUCUAAAUGAAGUUAACAAUCUGUCAAUUUGGUAAAUUGUUUCUGCUGUUGACAGCCUUUUUCUUCGUAACUAAAUCCUUUAAAACUCUUGUUGUUGACGUUGCAGCUGCCUCUACUACAACAACGGCUGCUACUCUCAAACCUGUUACAGUUACUGUAAACUCUAGUGUGUCAGAUGUUGAUGGCAUUUCAAAUCCUACUAAUACCACUGAUGUUGAACAGGACAUUGAGCGGAAAUUUGAAAUAGUUACACAACAAGCUACAACUAAAUCGAUAAUAAACACUAACAACAAGAAGUUGCAGCUACAGCAAAAAUAUGAACAACACCAACUCAUAAAUAAAACAUUCAACGUUUUAUUGAAUAAAGCAGAGGGAAACUUAGAAAAUAUUUUAUUAACAGGAAAUGAAAAUCAAACAACAAACAUAACAACAACAGCUCCAGCAAAUAUAUUAAAUUUACAAGCAACUAAGCGGCAACAGCAUGAUGCUGUAAAUGGAUUAUUAACAAAUCUGCACAAAGAUCAACAUCAUGCCAAUAACGAUGCAUACAGCAAUAAUACUAUUAAACAGAAUGAGCAUCAUGUCGAUGAUGACAAUGAUGAUAUUUAUGUCAGAAUUAAGUCAAAUGUAUCAACACAAACGUCAGACAAAAUACAAAGCUCAUCAGCUACACAUGUGACACAUUUAAAUCAACUACACUCCGAGUAUAUGGCAAACAAUGAAUUUUUAUUACACCAACCCAGAACAAAACAACAAAAGCGUACAAAACCUCAGUUUAACAAACAACCUUUAUUGCGAUCAUCGACAUCAUCAUCUUCAUCUGUGGCGGCAGUCGCCGCAGCCGCAGCAAUAAAAUUAACAACAUCAUCAGUGUCUUCAUCAACUUCAUUACUGCCCCUCAAAUCUCAAUAUAAUCAGCAGCAACACUCAUCAUACAAUUCAAACCAGUAUCCAUUUAGACAACAGCAACAACACCAUCAAAUACCCUCUAAAAUAUCAGCGUCAGCACGAACAUCACCAUCAUUGUCGUCAUCACCAGCACCAGCACCACUAUCCGGGGAACGUGUGGGUAUUUUAAUGCCUUCUCGUCUGCUAAAUAGAAUGCAUGUGCAACAGGGUUUUCGUAAUUUUGUGGAAUUCUUCCAAGUGAACUUGAACAAUGUCAGUGUUGAUUUUAUACCAGAUGAUGAUUUAACAACGUUCAUCAAGCUACUGGAACAACCCAAUUACAAGACGGUGGUGAAAACCUUAAAUGCUGGCAUUAAUCUAGAUGAUGAUGAUGACCUUGUUGAAGGAGUUUUCUUUAAGCCACAACAACAGCAGCACACAGAACCCCGCAAAAACUACCCAUCAAACAAACAAUCACAGGAACAUACCACUGAUGAUGAAGACAUUGACGUAGAUGUAGAUGAAAAUGAAAAAGAAAAAGUGAAAAUAAAAGAUAAUGAAAAUAAAAAUUAUGAGGAUUUACAAAAUCAAAAACAUUCACAAGCAUCUUCAGCUUCGAUGAGAGGACAUAGAGCUGGUGGUUUAACAAAAGAAGCUGUAGAAGAACAACAGCAAAGGCAGCAAGAUAAAAAUUUAAACAUUGGUUAUUGCCACUUGACUAAAGCUCUGGAGCGUGAUUUUAAUAAAACGGUUUUUCUUUGGCCCUGUCCGCACAUGAAAGAAUCUAGCAAUUUUCUGCCAUCAUACGAAGCAAUUUCCUUUGCUGUUAAAAGUAUAGCAACUAAACUUAAUUGGACAAAAGUUGACAUCUACGUUGGCGAUGAAAAUUGGGCAUUACCAAUGGCCAUAGCAGCCAAUAUGCAUGUGCCAUAUAAAAUUGAAAUUGGAGAAGAUGACAUACGUGAUCUGAAUGCCGAAGAUAAAAUUGGUAAAGCAAUUAUCAUUACGGCUGCCAUGAAUGAUGUUACAACAUUACGCCUUCUCAGCUUAUUGGAAACGUUAAUGCAUACUAAAGUGCUGCUCAUUGACAUUGUGGCAACAUCUUUUAAUGCUGAAAAUCGUUUCUACAAGUAUCUGACACGUAUUAAACCAGAAUCGCAACUAAUGUCCAAUCUGCUGUUAUUGACAAUACUGAGUGACAACUAUCGAUAUUUUCUUAAUGUGGCCUUUGAUAAUAAUGGCAUUGAAAUGGUGCAAAAUUUUCGCCAACAAAAAUUAGACCGUGAAAGAGAUAAAACUAAAGUGACAUCAAUACAAAACUGGCCUAUACAUUUGGAUAAAUCGGUAAGGGAGGUGUUGCAAUUACGUGAGGGUACUAAGGAUUUAAACCGAACUUCAAUGCCUCAAAAUAAGGAACAAGAAUUUAUAUUACUACAACAAUGGUUAAGAGAAUGUCCAAAAUUAAAUGUUACUGCGAUCAAUAUAAAUUUCAUAUGUUUGAAUUCGAAAUAUAUUAAGGAAAAUUGUUUGCAAGCCAAACUACCAGAGGCCAUUGAAACUGUUUGCCAACAUCAGGCCAUGUUUAAGGAACAACAACUAAUAGAAAAUUUAAGAAAUUUUAUCGACUUUUUUAACUUUUAUGAUUUUCUAAUUGCCAAUAUUUUAAAUUCAACACCAGCAGCAGCAACCUCAACAUCCUCAACAGCUAGUAAAUCUUUAAAACAUGUGCCAAAAUACGAUUUUAUUGUACUAGAUGUGGUACGUGGUGGCAUUGCCAAUAGAGCAGCUGUAGAUGCAACAAGCCAAAUAUCCGUUACUAAUGAUACCACUGGCAGCAACAUGUUUGAAUUUAUAAACGGAAAACAGCAGCAGGAACAUCAAUACCACAGCAAAACAAACACAACCAGCAGUUUUAGUAUGAUGGGUAGUUAUGAAAAUUCAUCAUCAUCAUCAUCACCAGCAUCAGCCACAUCCCCUACAGUGGCAACAUCAACCUCAUCCGUAGCAUUCAAAUGGCGACCCCUAUUGAUAUUGGAACAACAUGAAAUCAAUUUAAAAACCUAUAUAACACAUUCCAUUCUACCUGGCUACGAUGACUGGCUGCUGGUUAGCACUGCUCAACUCUGGUAUUGCGGCUCAAUAUGUUGGACAAUUAUAGCGAUAUGUGUGGGUGUCUUGGUAGUUAUUGUUGUGGCAAGUGUUGCAGCUGGUAUUGCCAUGAGAAAUUAUUUAUUACGCAAACGUUUAUCUAAAGGACCUAAUAAAAUUGUAUUAUCUGCAAAUGAUUUUGUAUUCCCGGUGGAUUCACGUAGAGUGGACGAGGGUAUUGAAGCCAUGCUGUGCUGUUGGCUGCAACAACUACAAGAAUUUGGUGGCCCAGAAGUGGACAAGCCAGAUUUAUUAAAGGGUUCUAUAGGUUCUCUAAAGAAUCUAGGUUUUCUUAUACCAGGUGCCGCCAAUAAUUCCACCACGGCCACGAUUAAUGGCAAGACAAGUUCAGGUUCUGCCAGUUUGGCUAGACACAAUCCAGCCCUACUGGACAUGAGGGCCAGAUAUAAUGGUGAUCUGGUACAACUUAAAGAAGUACCCUUGAAUGGCUCAAAUGAACUGAAAUCCAAGGCCAUGGAUUUAUUGGUAAUGGCCCAUGGUCUAAGGCAUGAAAACAUUAAUCCCUUAAUAGGCUGGCUGGCCGAUCCCAAUCGUACGGCCAUGGUUUUCGACUACUGCUCACGCGGCUCACUGCAAGAUGUACUCAUCAUGGAUGAAAUCAAAUUAGACUGGUCAUUUCGUUUGAGUCUCCUAACAGACUUAGUACGUGGCAUGCGUUAUCUGCAUACCUCACCACUGCGUGUUCAUGGUACAUUAACAUCACGUAAUUGUGUUGUCGAUGCACGUUGGGUACUUAAAAUAACUGAUUACGGAUUACCUCUGUUCUAUGAGGCUCAAGGUUUAACACUACCGCCACGCAACUACAAAGAACUACUGUGGAUAGCUCCAGAGCUGUUGCGUUCGGUGAAGCCACAACAACACCAGCACCACCAUCACAAUCAUGGUGCAAGGAUAUUGGGUACUCAGGCCGGCGAUGUCUAUUCAUUUGGCAUAAUCAUGCAAGAAGUGGUGGUGCGUGGUGAACCAUACUGUAUGCUGUCGCUGUCGGCUGAGGAAAUAAUAGCGAAAAUAAAAAAACCACCGCCACUAAUAAGACCUUCGGUGUCAAAGGGUGCUGCACCACCGGAGGCGAUUAAUAUAAUGCGUCAAUGUUGGGCGGAACAGCCAGAAAUGCGACCAGAUUUCAAUUCAGUUUAUGAACGUUUUAAAUUGUUAAAUCAUGGACGUAAAGUGAAUUUUGUCGAUACGAUGUUUCAAAUGCUGGAGAAAUAUUCAAAUAAUUUGGAAGAAUUGAUACGUGAGAGAACCGAACAAUUGGAUAUUGAAAGAAAAAAGACUGAGCAACUGUUAAACAGAAUGUUGCCGAGUUCGGUGGCGGAAAAACUAAAAAUGGGCUUAGCCGUUGAGCCAGAAGAAUUUUCGGAUGUUACAAUAUAUUUUAGUGAUAUUGUUGGUUUUACAACAAUAGCUGCUCAUUGUACACCGGUACAGGUUGUUGAUCUAUUAAAUGAUCUCUAUACGAUAUUUGAUGCUACCAUCAAUGCUUACAAUGUGUAUAAGGUUGAAACCAUUGGUGAUGCUUAUAUGGUUGUAAGUGGCAUACCCGUACGCACACCCGAUCAUGCCGAACAAAUAGCUACCAUGGCUUUAGAUUUACUGCAUCAAAGUGGCCGCUUUAAUGUUAAACAUUUACCAGGAGUGCCAUUGCAAUUAAGAAUCGGUCUACAUACCGGACCCUGCUGUGCGGGGGUGGUUGGUUUAACCAUGCCUAGGUAUUGUUUAUUUGGUGAUACUGUGAAUACGGCCUCAAGAAUGGAAUCAACGGGUUCCUCUUGGCGCAUUCACAUGUCCCAGGAGACCCGUAAUCGUUUAGAGGCUCGUGGUGGCUAUAUGAUAGAACCCAGAGGUCUUAUUGAUAUUAAGGGCAAAGGCAUGAUGAAUACAUUUUGGUUGUUAGGCAAGAAAGGUUUUGAUAAACCUUUGCCAAAUCCCCCACCGAUUGGAGAGUCGCAUGGUUUAGAUGAAUCAUUGAUACGCAACUCGAUCACUCUAAAGGCUCAGGCCAACAAAUCACGUAAUAGUACAAAUCCAUCUUCCAGCCAAUCAUCCUCUUUGGCCGGUGAGUCGGUUGAGGUCAAAGUUGAAAUUACACCACCCACAAAUGUUGAUGUGUGUUCGUCCACAAAUCUGCCCAAUUCCUAUUCUUUAGAUUCCAAUUCAACCAACACCAUUAGUCCCAAUAUGACACUGUGUCCCGAGUUCCCAACCAAAACGCCCAGCAACUCACCACAACCUAGAAAAAUUACUGAAAUCGCAACCGAUAAUCUAUUAAAUCCUUCAAAUUUCAAUCGUUUACCCACAUCAGCGGCGGGAUCGUCGUCUAGGCUGUACAAGAAAAUUGAAGAAAUGAUGGAUCUUAGUUCGCCCUAUAAUCAUUAUAAAUGCUUGAGUCCCAGUGAAAGUAAUUUGACACAGUUUUAUGAUGGUAAAUAUUUGUAUAGUGGCGUGGGAGUAGGUAACACUACAGCUAAUAGUUUCCAUUCGGUAACAGGAAGAUUCGAAAAGCCGGGUUCUUCACGUUUGCUACGACGUCAAUUUAGUUUAGAUCGUGACGAUACACACUCGAAAUCUGAACAUCAACAUCAUCAGCAUCAUCAUCAGUCUUCCUUGCAAUCUUCCCUACCGUUAUCGAUAUCGAAUAAGUCCUCAACACUGGAAAUACCCGUACUACAUGACACCAGCAGAAGUCCCAAGGGUACACUGCAGCGGGUGCACAAACAAAAUUCCACAUCUAUAGCUCAAGAUCUGGAGAAAAUAGAAGAGAUACCCUUGUCGCCAGCCUCAUCACAACAACAUAGUAGUUUAGAUAGUAAUAUUAAUCGUAGUCCACCCUCCACCAUUGAAGCUCAGUCACCACCGACUCAAACAACCACAAAACGUAUGAGUGGUUUAUUGACCUCAUUGUCACCUCCACCCACUCUACUGUCGGCACCUACCUCACCUGCUCCUUCCAGAUCACUGAAUGGUGUAGCCUACAACUGCACCAUAAUGGAGAGUCCGACCACAGAUGCUUCCACAGCCACAACAACAGCUUCGGUUAAUUCCAAUGCCACUACACCGAUAGAGGAACCAAGCAGCCGUUUGAAGAAACAGGAAAUUAUGCUUAAUGUUGAGGCUCUAAUAACCAGGUAG